UCCCACCUCCACCUCCACCCCACCACCACCACCACCUCGCCGCCGACGUCGCCGCCGCCGCAGAAGCCAUGAAGCAGUGGAGGUCGCUCGUCGCGCUGCACUCCUCGGCGCCCUCCUCCUGCUUCCCGCAGCCGCCCGCGCCGUCGCCGUGCCCCUCCCCGCCGCGGGAGGAGGAGGAGGAGGAGGAGGAGGAGAAGCGGGAGGCGGCGGCGGUGAGGCUGGUGGGGAGCGACGGGAAGGUGAGGACGUACAGGAGGCCGGUGACGGCGAGGGAGCUGAUGCAGCAGCACCCGCGGCACCUGGUGUGCCGCUCCGACGCGCUGCUCAUCGGGGAGAAGAUCCCGGCGGUGGCGCCCGGCGAGGUGCUCGAGCCGGGCCACGCCUACUUCCUCCUCCCCGCCCACCUGUUCCACUCCGUCCUCUCCUUCGUCUCCCUCGCCUCCUCCCUCCUCCUCCUCCUCUCCGCCUCCUCCGCCUCCGCCGCCAAGAAGCAGCAGCAGCGGCCGUUCGAGCUCCUCCGCACCGCGUCCGGCACGCUCCAGAUCAAGUUCUCCGACGACUUCCUCCUCGCCGCCGACGACAAGGUCGCCGACCUCGCCGCCGCCGCCACCAACCCCCCCGUGCUGCGCGGGGACAAGAAGCUGGAGAAGGAGUACGAGGAGCUCGUCGGCUACAGCAAGGCGCGGCGGUGGUCGCCCAAGCUGGACACCAUCCAAGAAGUCGUCGCCGCCGCCGCCGGUGACACCGCCACCGCCGCCGCCACCGCCACCACCACCAGAAGAUCCUCCAAAGGUCGAGGCCUCCCCUUCCUCGGCAGGCUCGGCAGCCGCCGCCGGCGAGAGGCCGCCGCCGCCACCACCACCACCACCCUCGUCUGCGGCAAUGGCGGCGCGGUGGCGUGCUCCGGCUAGGCUAAAAUCAAUUAAUUAGUCUCCGGGAGGGUAAUUAACGGGGGUGAUUAAGAUUAAGCUCGAUCCGAGUUCAGUUUAGGCGAUGAUGAUUCAGCUGCAGCUUCGACUGCAGCUGUGUCCGCAUUUGUAAUUACAGAAAAGUUUUGGUGCUAAUUUGUACAUGGUUUUUCGUUGCAUUCUGAUCAGAAAAAAGAAAAGAAGAAAAAAAAAAGCAAGGCUGCGUGGUGGCAGGCAAAAUUUCAACUCA